AUGAUAGUUCCCACUGAGAAGUCCCAGCCUGAGCUCCCGCCGUACGACGAGGAUUCCACUAGAGAGUUCACUGAUUCGAAAAGUGGCCCACUUAGAAACAUCCACACAAGCACCUAUGGCAGUCCAGAGUACAGGCAAUUCAGCUCUGGGUUACCAUAUGCCGCACGCCCACUCCAGCCUGAUGCUGACGGCGUCGUAUCUGAGUCGUCAUCACUUUCGACGUCGUUUUCUCGACCUCUCCCAGGAACUCAACCUUACUCUUCGUUCGAUCCCAUAUUUUUAGUCUGUCGGGGACAAUACCUCUACAAAGGUUUCUUGCCGGUACCCCCGCCUUCUAGUGCCAUUCCCCAUCCAUUUAUAACACACGAUGUCAACGAAGGGGAUUGGUUGAAUUUCUUGGCUGAAAUACAAAGCGCUGCAACUUUGACGGAGAAGGAUUUGUCAAGGUCGCACCUUCCAAUAAUCUCCAUAAUUCCUAUCGUCAACUCUCUGAGUGCGUACGGCAUAAGAAAAUAUAUGAAGGGUCGCAAAGAGUCCUCCGUGGUCAAAGUGAUCGAUUUCUGGAACCAUCAUUUUUUCCGUCCCCGGAAGUUGGAGGUAAUUCUGACCAAAGGCCCGAUAAAACUCAGUGGAACACACGAUCAUCCCAUCGCCGAUUUGCACGUUCCCGAGACUUCUAGUACUCGUUCAAGUCUUUCGGACCGCAAAGAGGGCAAAUUGAAAGGGAAGGAGAAAGCAGGCACUGCUGAUGACCCAGAAGACAAUACAUACAGGCUUUUCGUCGUCUCAAUUUGA